AUGCGCGCACACAGAAACCCAAUCUACAGGCGUGACUCAUGAAUUUCUGAUAUAUAAGCUCUUCUGGGAUAUAUAAUAACAAUAAUAUAUAUAUAUUAGAAUUGUUUUUACAAAUGGCAACUGUACAUAAAUCUAUAUGGACGUUGAAACGCUUUGGACGUUUUUUGCCUGGGACCAAAGAAGACGGCGGUAAUCCAUGGAAGAUGUUUGAGCCCAGUGAAAGCGCGGGUGAAUUGGUGCUCACCAUUGUGGAAUCUGGUCAUAUGUUGGUGUCCCAAGGCCACGAUCUUCUGGAUGGGUUUUCCUUACUUGAUGCUCCAAGCUACCUCAAAGUUCAGCAGAAAUCAGAUACCCUGCUGUUCCGUCUGACUGUUAAGGGGGAGAGCCGUCUGAUCAGGAUGCAGUUCAGUGGCAGCAGGGCUGAGGCCCUGGAGGAGUGUAGCAGUGCAGUACUCAGACUGAAGGAGUACCUGCCUGUCACCACACAGGGGGGGCCACCACCACCACCACUCAGCUGCCCCCCAACACCCAAUCAGCCCCCUACCAAGACCACUGCACAGAAUCAACAGGCGGGUGCUGGGGAGGCUAUGGCUACUGAACCGGAGGUCGUCCAGGGCUCUUUAUCCAUCAAACGUCUUACCCAGCACUUCCUGGGCGAGCAUGGUCUGUCUUUGCCCCUGGUGUACCGCCACAGUGCUCUGUCCCGUGGGGAGCUGGAGCCCUUUGUCCGCCUGUGUCUCUUGGACCCCAGCUUCCCUGCCUUGGUGGAGGAGGUGGAGGGGGAGCUGAGGAAGGUGCUCCAGGACUGAGGAGCUGAAGCUCAUCAACACAAACAGCAGAGAGAGACAGGUCAACUCACUACACACGGUACACAUGUGGGAGGUGGGUUGUGGAAGAGUUGGGGGAUGUGUUGUUCUUCAUGCUGCUGAUUUUGUAAAUGUGUGCUGGAACAUAGUGACCAUUGUGUUGUAUGAGGAUAUUUAAACUGGCACAAAUGUUGCGGUUUCUAGAAAUGAUUUUCGAGGCAAAGAAACUAAAUGUAUUUUGGAGCCUUUUAUUUUCAAAAAUGUAUUGGUCUCGUAUGUUAUUGGUCUGAUGUUUUAUUGUGGCUAGAGAUACCGUAGCUCCUUCCAUUUCCAGCCUAAUGUCGGUCCAUUUGCACUGCAAUACACAUGGAUACACUGUAUUUAUAGGACAGGAGUCAUGCAGCUACAGCAGUGCAUUUUGCUAUACCAGCUUCCAAGUGAUCCCACAAUAUUAAAGCUUCACUGAGAAAAACAAACUACCCCCAAUAUAUCUAUAUAUGAAUACAUAUUGCAUAGGAUAAUAGCCAUGCUGUACAAUUUCAGAAAAAUAAAAAUGAAUGAAUUAAGUUGGGAAAUAUAAAAUGUAUUUUUUUCUUCACAUACAGUAUUUGCUAUUGUUUGAACACUCAUACCUCAACAUAUACAAGACAUCCUAAGUUACUCUGAAAAAUAAACACUUAAUUGUAAUUUUAUAUAUAACUAGAUAGAUAUAUAGUAGUCAUUUUCUAUAGUCAUUUUCAAGUAAAUACUGCCAGACUUUGAAUCCCUUGCAUCACAUUUUCACUAUAAUGGCUGUUAAGAGUGGACUUUCCUUUCACUAAAUCAAACAUAGUUUAAUGAAUCAGCUGUACAAAGUUAUUUAAGAAUAUAACAGUAUUUUUCAGGUCAGGACAAUUUCAUAAAAAAACAUAAUUCCUUUGGAUGCAAAAUAGCCA